GUUAAAUAUGAAAAAAACUCGCAAAGUUCCCAACACCUUACAAGACAGUACAAAUUGAGAGUCCAAAACUUGUUUCGACUUUGAAGCCCACAAAUAUUGUUCAUCAGACUGAAAGACCGAUUGUAACCUGAACCCGAAACCGUAUCCGAUGAUAUUCAUGCGAAGCCUUCACUUGCAUUUGUCUAGUUUCGAACUUGCAGGUCAGUAGCCGCUUCAAGACAUGUCUUGAACUCUUGUAUCCAAUUCGAGAAGAAUCUCAAUCAUUGUCACUCGCUUACGCAACUCAUUAGAAUCCACACUACAGUUCGCAGACCGUGAAAAAUGUCAGGAGGGUUUUUCCGGGGUACUUCUGCCGAUCAAGACACUCGGUUCUCCAACAAGCAAGCUAAGCUGUUGAAAUCACAGAAGUUCGCUCCUGAAUUGGAGCACCUGGUGGACAUGGCUAAGGUGAAGAUGGAUGUGAUGAGACCUUGGAUUGCGAAGCGAGUCACGGAGUUUGUAGGGAUUGAAGAUGAAGUGCUUAUCAACUUCAUAUACGGUCUUCUAGAAGGAAAGGAUGUAAAUGGAAAAGAGAUCCAAAUUCAACUGACUGGAUUUAUGGAGAGGAAUACUGGAAAGUUCAUGAAAGAGCUCUGGUCACUACUACUUAGUGCUCAGAACAAUGCAAGUGGUGUUCCACAGCAGUUCUUGGAUGCGAAAGAAGAAGAAACAAGGAAGAAAAAGGUGGAGUCUGAUCGAGUAACAAAUGAAAUACAGAGGAGAAAGGACAGAGAAUAUGAAGAACUGGAGCACGAGAAAAGGAAGGCGGAGGAUGAUAUUUCCAUGUCAAGAGAUAAGUAUGCCGGACUGGAACCAUCUUCAAAGCAUCAUGCUAGGCAUUCCCCUACACCUUCAGCUCAGAAGGAGGAUCAUGCUGACAAUAAUUCAAAAGGAAGAAAAAGGUCCUCAAAGUCUUCACACUUAGAUGCUCAUACUCCACCACGGAGGGAUAGGCGUUCAAGGUCAAUCAGUAGGUCAUUUUCCAACUCUAGAAGUUACUCGGGUGAAAAGCAUAAUUCAAGUCGUGAACAAAGAGGGCGCUCUAUAUCCUCUGAUGAAAGGAAACACCACUCACCUAUAAAACGGUCGACUUCACCUCGGCAUAAGCGCUCACCCAGACAAUCCUUGUCUCCUCCAAGACGAAGGCGUAGAUCUGUGUCCCGUUCAAGGCUCAGGUCACCUUCUCCCAGGCGAUACCGUAGGUAUUCUCCUUUGCGACGUAGGUCUAGGUCUCCAUUACGGCGUAGGUCAAGAUCGCCGAUGUGGCGUAGGUCAAGAUCACCAAUGUGGCGCAGGUCAAGAUCACCUUUAAGACAUAGAUCCCCUUCGCCAGCUCAUCGAAGAACACCAUACCACAUGCUCCAUAGAUCACCAUCUCCCUUCAAGAGACGGUCUCGUCAUUCCCCAUUGAGUCCUCGCCGUGGUUCUCCAUCUGCUGCUCAUCGCCCUGGUUCUGGCCGCAAGGUGUCCAGGUCCCCACUUAGGAAAAGAUCUAGGUCACCUAUAGCAAGGAGGUCUCCAUCACCUGAAGAUUCGGUUUCUAAAUCACCAGAACGCCAGAGAAGCCUCUCACCAAUCAAAGAGAGAGCACCAAGACCUGAGAGGAUGUCACCUGUCCAUUCUCCUCUUGGAAGGAUGAGGUCAAGGAGUCCCAAAAAGAGUAACCUGAAUGAAAAGAGCGAAAAGAUAAUCCCAACCAGAAGUGUAAGUCCUCUACGAAAGCAAAGAGAAUAUAAGUUGCAACAUGAUACAUCUGAGAGAACCUUUAGGUCAAAGAGUCCCGACAAGAGUAACCUGAAUGAAAGAAGCGAAAAGAGAAUCCCAGCCAGAAGUCCAAGUCCUCUGCGAAAGCAAAGGGAAUAUAAGUUGCAACUUGAUACAUCUGAGAGAAGCCCAGAUGCAAAAGAUGCUGGUAUUUCUAGGCGAAAUGUUGAACAAAAGUUUAGGUCGGAUGAGACUGGGCGGCACCAUAAUGGAUCUGGGCCAAGGAAGAGAAAUGAAGCAACGAGAAGUGAAAAGGCACCUGAAAGGAUGGACCACAUACAAGAUAUUGAUGAUGAACGACGAAGAUUGCAUGUUAACCAUCCAGGAUCUCAUUUAGCUAUUAAGAAUGAUAGGGAAUCAUUGGGUUUGGAGAGCGCCAAAGCCAAUGAUGAGAAGAACAAUAUUCAUCCACCUCAAGAGUCAAAAAAUCUGCAUGAGUCAUCUAGGGAAGCGGAUGACAUUAAAAAUGCAAAGGUUUCAGGUCACGGGGAAAGUGAUAAACGAAGAUAUAGAGCCAAGGAAAAGAGGAAGCACAAAAGGAGAUCUGCUAAACAUGACUCUUCCUCUUCUUCUUCUUCUGAUGGUGAUUCUAGUUACGACUCAGGUAUUGAUGAGAGGAAGGAGGCUAAGAGAAGGAAGAAAGAAGAGAAGAGAUUGAAGAAGGAAGAGAAGCGUCAGCAACGACGGGAAGAGAGACGCCGCAGGAGGGAAGAAAGGCGUGUGGCUAAACAAAAGUUGAAAUCAUAUAGUGAUGAUGUCAUCUCUGGAGAUGCCGAGAAGACAACUACUAAUGGCGGUAAUGUCUCAGAAGAUGCAGAUUCAGCAAAGAAACUCGAAAUUGAGUUGAGAGAGAAGGCUCUCGAGUCUCUUAGGGCCAAAAGAGGAAUCGGCCACUAAUUCACAUGCUUGCUCUUGGACAUCAAUGAACUGUUUUAUUAUUUUUAUAGUCAUUUCACUGUUAUAUUUAUUUUUACUUGGACUUGUUGCAUGGAUGUAAUGUCUAUGGAUGCUUAAUCCAUUUUUAUCUUUUACUUCUCACAGCUAAAUUCCCUUAAAUGAAGAAUCCAUGAGCUACUCUGUGUCUUGAGUGCAACUUCUAAAUUUGCUG